CCGUGCGUGCCGACCGGAUGCGUGGAGGGAGGAACAAGUUUGGACCCAUGUACAAGCGGGACCGUGCCUUAAAGCAGCAGAAGAAAGCUCUGAUCCGUGCCAAUGGCUUCAAGCUGGAGACCGUGCCUCAGAUCAUGUCCCCAGUGCAGAAUGACUACAGCCUGUCCUCCACCAUCCACAGCAUCCACGCCAUGUCCAAGACCUUGCCACCCAACCCUGCUGCCCUGACACCCGUCGACUACGAGCGCAGCCCCUAUGGGACGCCCUCCCUGGGAAUGACUGUGCCCAGCCACGCACCGCUCGCCGGCUACCACUAUCCCUCCUUCCCCAACCGUACCAUCAAGUCCGAGUACCCGGACCACUACACAAACGUGCACGAGUCCGUGCCCGCCUACAUGUACCCAGAGACCUACGCCAGCAGCUCCCCCCCCGACAUCCCUGAGGUCAUCCUGAAGCUGCUGCAGCUGGAGCCCGAUGAGGCCCAGGUGAAGGCACGGAUACUGGCCUGUCUGCAGCAAGAGCAAGGCAAAGGCCGGCACGAGAAGCUCAGCACCUUCGGCCUCAUGUGCAAGAUGGCUGACCAGACCCUCUUCUCCAUCGUGGAGUGGGCACGGAGCUGCAUCUUCUUCAAGGAGCUGGAGGUGGGUGACCAGAUGAAGCUGCUGCAGAACUGCUGGAGCGAGCUGCUGGUGUUUGACCACGUCUACCGUCAGCUGCAGCACGGCAACGAGCACAGCGUGCUGCUUGUCACCGGCCAGGAGGUGGACAUGUCGACUGUUGCUGCCCAGGCCGGCUCCAUCCUGAACACGCUGGUGCUGCGGGCGCAGGAGCUCGUCCUGCACUUGCACUCACUCCAGGUGGACCGUCAGGAGUUCGUCUGCCUCAAGUUCCUCAUCCUCUUCAGCCUCGACGUGAAGUACCUGGAGAACCACACGCUGGCUAAGGACGCUCAGGAGAAGGCCAAC